AUGGGUCGCAGAAAGAUUGAGAUCAAGGCCAUCAAAGAUGACCGCAACCGCUCACACCUUUCUGAAACGAAAGGGGGUCUGUUCAAGAAGGCGCAUGAGCUCGCCGUCCUUUGCUCCGUUGAUGUAGCUGUCAUUAUUUUUGGCCACAACAAAAAGCUGUAUGAGUAUUCAUCAUGCGACAUGCAUGAUGCUCUUGGUCGCUACCAAUAUUUCCUUCUCAGUUUGGCCCUCCCCCACGAGCAUAAAGGUCCGGAAGAUUUCGCGGGUAAGCGAGAUGACGACGAUGAGGAAGAUGAGGCUUCGCCAGCUCCUGAGGACAUCCAAGCUGUUCAACAGAACCACCCCGCCAUCCCCCCUCAUCUCCAAAAUCAGCCCGUCUUCCAGCACAUGAAUCAUGCACCCUCCGCGUCACCCCCAAUCCGUCAUGCCAUGACACGUCAUGGAACCCCGCAACCGCAAGCCAGUUCGCGUCCCUCCUCAAGGAAUCACAUCCGCCGAGUCAGUUCAAAUCUUGGCCCCCAGCAACAUGGUACACCUCCACCGCCACCACCCCCUGGCCCGCAGAAUGGAGGAUUUACGUAUAUGCCAAAUCCGUCCAUGUACAACCCGAAUGUUCACCCUAUGAACCAGCAACCUAGACCGGGACAGUUUGCGCACUAUGGACACCCACCAGGACAACACCAAGGAACGCCUCCUAUGCACCCGCACGGUUUACCGCCCCAGCAAAUGCCACCUCAGCACCAGGGCCAACAGCACUUCCAACAACACGGCCAUCCCGUAGGAAUGCCUCCGGGGCCCCACCAGCACGUGCAGCAGGCAUACAUGCAGGAGCAUGGGAGAAAUUCGAUGCCUCCAGGGUUCGCGCCUGACGGUCACCAAGAACGGCCUGGCUCGGAGCACCCCCAAGAUGAUUCUUCCGCGAUGAAAGCAGAGCACAGCCAGUCGCCACCACAAAUGAAGUCGCUAUCGAAAUCACGGAGUAUUUUCACACCCAUUGAUGAUCGAGGAUCGGUGCUCGCCCGCCAUUUUGGAGCUGGAGCGGGACCCUAUGAGUCUCACAAUAACAACUCUCUCAAGGUCGAAGCACUACCACAAGCUUCGCUUGGUUCCAAAUCAAUGCCCGUCAGAGCUGCGACGGAGGCUCCUCGUCCAGGACCAAUUGCUUCGACGUCAAAAAUCAAACCACCAUCCCGAACUAACAGCGGACCGUUGCCAUCAAAACGACCGCAGUUGAAAGUGCAGAUUCCUAGCGAAACUUCCGAUGGCGACAGUGCCACGGCCGACUCAUCACGCGAUUCCGCUGGGAAUAAAACCUCCACACCUGCGAAAGGGAGUGCUGAAAAUGGUCCCCCAGGCGUGGUCUUACCCCCUCCGUCGCCAUCAGCCGGUGCAAUACUGAGUGCGGGAGCGCAAGGGCCUCCAAAUCCGUUCGCCCGACCGCCCCCUCCCGUUGCCGCAGCGCGAAACGACUCUUACGGCAGCAAUGGUGGAAAUCCGAACAAUGGGAAUACCUCGAAUAAUAUCGAAACACCCAUAUCCGCCCUGCCGAGUCGCUUUGUAUCCGAUGCCCUCCUCCCGUCACCUUCCAGUUUCUUCCCCGAAUGGGGCUUUGGCCGGUCCGGCCCAGACUCCAACAUGCUGCCUAGUCCCCUCACCUUCCCGACUCCGGCAGUGCAAAGCGGUCCCAGCUUUUCUCGAGAAGACGAACAAGAGAAAAAGAGAAAAAGCCCCGACAGUGGAUCCGCAGGGGAAGGUGCACAUAAAAAGCCGAAAACCUGA